GAUCGGACGCCGCGGCGGUUGGAAGUGUUUUGCGCGACUACCUGCUAAAGGGAUUUAAACGUUGUGUUCGGGAGCUCUACAACACACAUUCCACAGUGGAAAACCUGAAUUGUAUGAGUGCGCGUUUGUGUACCGUACAUUUGCGGUGUGCGUGAGUUUCGUCGUUUGGGGCAGCGGUGGCAGAGUGCUUUAUUUUUAAUUCUGAAGCGCUGCUUCCAGGAGUUAUUUGGCCAAACCAUUUUCAGUAAUGUGUAUCGCGUAAAGAAUACAACAAGUGGUCCAAGAUGCAUCUAGUGAUAGGAUUUAUGUUAGCAUUAUGCAUCGGCAGCGGGUUGCGGCCAGCGAAUGCAGAAUACUACCAGAAAAACACCUACUCCGAGUACAACUGCAAUGAGCCGCUAUUGCAGAGCGCCAAGCUGAGUGCCACAUCGCAGCUACGGGAACGAGGGCCGGAAAAUGCCCGCUUGAAUGCCCGCUCGGCGUGGACACCGGUCGAGAACACCUACUUCCACUUCCUGACCGUCGACCUGGGCGGGCGCAAGAUGGUCCGGAAGAUAGCGACGGCCGGCCGGGACGGCACCAGUGAGUGCGUCACCGAGUACAUCGUGCAGUACUCGGACGACGGCGAAAUGUGGAAGUCGUUCACCGACAGCGACGGGGAGGAGCAGCUUUUCAAAGGCAACAAAGACGGUAACUCCAUUCGCCACAACUCAUUCGAAGUGCCAAUCAUUGCCCAGUGGAUCCGCAUCAAUCCCACUCGCUGGCAGAAUCGCAUCUCCCUGCGUGUCGAACUGUACGGAUGUUACUAUGAAUCCGAAAACGUCUACCUCAACGGAACGGGCCUUAUCCGGUACGACUUGCUGCGGGUACCGAUUGCCGCCACACGGGAAACCAUUCGGUUCCGUUUCAAAACGGCCCAGGCCAACGGAAUCCUGCUGUAUUCGAGAGGAACCCAAGGCGAUUACUUAGCGUUGCAGAUCAAGAACAAUCGAAUGGUUUUGAACUUGGACUUGGGGUCGAAGAUCAUGACCUCGCUGUCGGUGGGCAGCCUGCUGGACGACAACAUCUGGCACGAUGUGGUAAUUUCGAGAAACCGACGGGAUAUCAUGUUCAGUGUCGAUCGGGUGAUCGUGGAGAAGAAAAUCAAAGGAGAGUUUGACAAACUGAAUUUGAACAGGGCGUUCUACAUCGGAGGUGUUCCAAAUCUGCAGGAAGGUUUGAUCGUGCAACAGAAUUUCACCGGUUGCAUCGAGAAUCUGUAUCUCAAUGCGACCAACUUUAUUCGAGACAUGAAGGAAGCAUUUUACGAGGGGGAACACUUGCGCUAUCUCAAAGUGAAUGUCAACUACAACUGUCCGGAGCCUCCGAUUAGUCCGGUGACGUUCCUCACCCGUGGGUCCCACGCACGUUUGAAGGGAUACUACAGCGUGAAGCAGCUGAACGUGAGCUUCUCGUUCCGGACGUACGAGGAGAAGGGUUUGAUGUUGCACCACGAUUUCCUGAAGGGGUCGGUCAAGGUGUACCUGGAGGAUGGAAAGGUGAAGGUCGGACUGAAGACUGAGAAUGAAGAGAGGGCACCUAUGACCGUGUUGGAUAACUACGAUGUGCAGUUCAACGAUGGAAAUUGGCACUCGCUGAUGUUGGCGAUUAAGAAAAACAGCUUGGUGCUGAGCAUUGAUGAACGUCCGAUGGAGACGACUAAACAAUUGGACAUCAAUACCGGCGAACUGUAUUACAUCGGCGGAGGCAAAACCAAGGACGGUUUCGUCGGUUGCAUGCGAACCAUCAUUAUCGACGGUAACAUUCGACCUCCGUCGGACUGGAAGGAAGAAGAGUACUGCUGCAAGGGAGAAAUGCUGUUCGACGCCUGCCAUAUGAUCGACCGAUGUAAUCCGAACCCGUGCAAGCACAACGGAGUUUGCAAGCAGAACUCGUUGGAGUUCACUUGCGAUUGUUCGGGAACGGGAUACGCCGGAGCCGUGUGUCAUACCUCGUUGAACCCACUGUCCUGCCAGGCGUAUAAAAACGUAAAUGUAGUGCAGUCACGGACUACGAUCAACAUCGAUGUGGACGGAAGUGGUCCGCUAGCGCCGUUCCCAGUAACUUGUGAGUUCUACUCGGACGGUCGAGUAAUUACGGUAUUGAGUCACAGCUCGGAACAUACGACUAGGGUGGAUGGAUUUGCCGAGCCGGGAUCCUUCGAGCAGAAUAUCAUCUACGAGGCAGAUUUGCCGCAAAUUGAGGCACUGCUGAAUCGAUCGCAGUCCUGUUGGCAGCGAUUGAACUACGCUUGCCGAUCGUCCAGAUUGUUCAACUCACCUUCGGAAGUGGAAACGUUCCGACCUUACUCAUGGUGGGUUUCGCGGCACAAUCAGCCGAUGGAUUAUUGGGCGGGUGCCUUGCCAGGAUCGAGAAAAUGCGAGUGUGGUAUUUUGGGGACGUGUGUUGAUCCAACGAAGUGGUGUAACUGCGAUGCGAACAGCUUAGAGUGGCAAGAGGAUGGCGGAGAGAUUCGCGAGAAGGAGUAUCUACCGGUGAAGGCAUUGAGGUUUGGUGAUACGGGAACUCCGGUCGAUGAGAAGCUGGGCCGCUAUACUUUAGGACCUCUAAAAUGUGAAGGUGACGAUCUGUUCAAUAACGUUGUGACAUUCCGUAUUAAGGACGCUACGAUCAAUCUACCGCCGUUCGACAUGAGUCACUCGGGAGACAUUUACUUUGAGUUCAAGACCACAACCGGGGAUGCGGUAAUUUUGAAUGCGAAAGGACCUACAGAUUUUAUUCGUUUGAACAUCGUUGGAGGUACGAAGUUGCUUUUCGAAUACCAGGCUGGAACGGGAACUCAGAAGGUUUAUGUGGAAACAAGCUAUCGGCUAAGCGAUAACCGUUGGCACUCGGUGAGUGUUGAGCGUAAUCGCAAGGAAGCUCGACUGGUAGUUGAUGGAUCUAUCCGCGCUGAAGUCAGGGAACCUCCAGGUCCGGUUCGGGCACUGUAUUUGACUUCCGAACUAGUGUUGGGAGCUACUAUUGAUUACCGGGACGGAUUUGUUGGAUGUAUUCGGGCGUUCCUAUUGAAUGGAAACCACGUAGAUCUGAAGCGUUAUGCUGAAAAGAAGUUGUACGGCGUUACUCCAGGAUGCGUAGGACGUUGCGAAUCCAAUCCUUGUUUGAACAAUGGAACCUGUACGGAACGUUACGACAACUUUUUGUGUGAUUGCCGUUGGAGUGCUUUUAAGGGUCCGAUUUGCGCUGAUGAAAUUGGAGUCAACAUGAAGGCCAGUUCGAUGAUCAAGUACGAUUUCCAGGGUGCUUUCCGUUCAACACUACAUGAGCGUAUUCGUGUCGGUUUCACAACAACUCAACCGAAGGGUUUCUUGCUAGGAUUCUUCUCAAACCAAUCGAAAGAAUAUUUAACGAUCAUGGUUUCCAACUCUGGGCAUCUUCGAGUGGUGUUCGAUUUUGGUUUCGAAAGGCAGGAGUUGAUUUAUCCAACAAAGAACUUUGGUCUCGGUCAGUACCAUAACGUGCGGUUUUCGAGAAAGAAUGGUGGGGCAACUGCAGUUUUGGAAAUUGAUGAUUAUGAACCUCAGGAGUACCAUUUUGACAUCAAGGAUUCGGCUGAUUCUCAAUUCAACAAUAUUGAGUACAUGUACAUCGGGAAGAACGAAACAAUGAAGGAUGGUUUUAUUGGAUGUAUCUCGAGGGUAGAGUUUGACGAUAUCUAUCCGUUGAAGUUCCUUUUCCAGGAGAACCCACCUCCAAAUGUAAAAUCUUUGGGAACUCCCUUGACGGAAGAUUUCUGCGGAGUCGAACCCGUCACACACCCUCCAAUCGAGAUUGAAACUCGUCCUCCACCAGUAGUUGAUGAGGACAGACUACGCGAUGCUUAUGGUCCGGACACCGCUAUACUGGGUGGUGUUCUGGCCGUACUUUUCUUACUACUUAUUAUUAUGGCCAUUUUAAUAAGCCGCUACAUGAAUCGCCACAAGGGUGAAUAUCUGACGCAAGAAGACAAGGGAGCGGAUGCGGCUCUCGAUCCGGACGAUGCCGUCGUGCAAUCGACGACUGGCCAUCAAGUGACAAAACGGAAAGAAUGGUUUAUUUAAUGAUCUAAACUGCAGAAACAAGCUUUGGUUUCAGAUAAGAAUCUGAUACGGGCAUUUUGACUCCGUGAAAAGGGAAUGCAAACAUCAAAUCAACAAAUUAACAGCAGCUGUAAAUAAUGUGUUCAACACGCGUAUCUACGAAGAUCUUCCGUUCAGAAGUUGAUGGGUUUUCGUCCGUAUCGUUCGUUAGCUUUUUCUAUUUAUCCAUCAUCUACCUACCACCAAUUGUGGCAGUCAUUCACGAGUACAUCACUUCGAAGACUCAAAUGACACGAGAGUGAAAAUUGGGCCUUGAAACAAAAAUACGAACACAAAAGUAAAAAAAAAAUACAAACCGAAACGGAAGCAGCAUUUCGAUUAGUCCUAGAUUGUUUUGAUUUUUAUUUUUAAGGCGAUAGAUUUUUUAUUACAAUUGAUUUUACCCGUCCAUUAUCGUACUUUAUUUUUUUAAUUUUUAACAGUAAGUGAUUAAAUUCUAACAAUCGAAUGAUGAUAAUCUGAAUUGUAAUUGUUAAGAACGUAAUUAAGUUCGAAAUCCAACCACAAUGCAAAAUAGAAGCAUCUGAAAGCUGGCAUGGAAGUGUUAAAAAAAAGUUUUCAGUAGGUUUAGUGAAACGAGAUUUGUUGUGUUUAGAAUCUCAUUUUUUUAGAAUGAAAAGGAUGAGUAGAAUCAUCAUUAGCAUUUCAGAGAAGGAAAAAGUCUCCCAGCAAAACAAAUUAACUAAGAAAAACUACAGAGGCGACUUUAAUUUUUUGUAGAAGGCUGAUUUUCAGUCAAGUUUACAGCUGAAGCCAUGUCUGAUGUGUAAAUAGUUUUUCAAAAUACAAAUACAUUUCAAAACACAAAAACAA